GUUUGAUCACAUAAGCCAGCAGUCCGGUGACAACAACUUCAUUUUAUCAGGCCCAUUGUACACAAAAGCAGCUACGCGCUAAACAUGCUAAAGCCCUAAUUGAAGUUUAUAGGUAAGAAUUGCUCUUGUUUUCUUAUAAUAAGCCUAAAUACCUAGUUCUUUAAAUAUUAUCGGAUUUCCAGUUUGGUUAAAAUGAAAAGUGGAUUUUCAUUUGCUUUUAUAAUUCACCGUCUAGAGUGCCAGUUCACGGUUCCAUUGCAUUUUUCUCCCGAUUAAUCAAUUUGAAAUGCGGAAAACGUCCAUUUAACGUUGCCGUUGUGCCCUACGAAAAUCUGAAUUACCCUUUUUUCUGUCUUAAACUCUAAGUGGAUGACAAAGAAGUAAAGCUUAAGAAAAUAUUUUCAAUAUUAAGCUUUUACUGCUGUAUUUCUUAGAGUAUGGCCAGUAAAAUAAAGCUCUAAGCUGCUAUCGUGACAAACUGAAAAGUGGUUCAGAUUCGUAUCGCACUAGGUAAAUAAUGGCACGAGUAAAAAACGUAUUCCUUGGACAGAAUUUUCCUUUCAACACACGUUGGGUUAGAAACGAUCACCAUGAGGUUUCGUUUUAUCAAACGUGAUUAUUUUUAGUUGCUCAAACGAACCAAUUCAUUUUAUUUACUCUACAAUUCUCAGUGUGGGAGCCGAUAUGUCCUUUUUGAUUCUCAGUGCUUUGUGAUCAGAACUUACUUUUUUCAUUAAUUAACUUAACUCUUAAGCAAAAAUAUACAAUUUUGAAGGACAAAGUUUUUCGUGUGAUCGUGAAUAAAAACAGAGGUAGUGUUGAAAAGACCUUCUUAAAAGCGGCAAAAAUGUACAUAAACAAAAUUUGGGGAAAAUCCAUAAUUAUCACCAUUUCUAUUAACGGAUACAUUAGGCACGGCCGUAUCAUUGAGUGACGGUGGGAAAACGUAAUUAAAGCUUCUGUGGAGUUUUUCCUGUUAGUAGAGAUUUCAUGUUAAUUGUUUCCGUGAAAGGGAAAUUUAAUUGGAGCAAAUAUACACCGCCAUAGAUAGCGGAUGGUGUCUUGAAAAAUAAAUAACGGUUAUCAACUCGCUUUAGUGCAUUAGGUUAUCAAAUACCGUCUGCGAGAAAAAAAAAUGAUCAAACGAUAUGCCAUAUUAUGACGGGUAAAAACACAAAAACAAACCGUUUGAUCCAAUAUUGCUAAAACUUCGGAAAAAUAAAUUUAUAGUUAUUUUAUAGUACUUGAUCAAAAGCCAUGAAUAUCCUUGUACUUUACAGGUCCCGCAUUCAUUUUUUUUUGGGUGACUGGAGUGAUGAAAGGUUUGUGUCGGUGCCAAAACUGGAUAUUGGUACUGAAUAAAUAACAUAAUCAACUGGUGUAGCAAUCUGACAACAGAUAAUCCUGAAGGCGUUAGGAAUAAACGCUUCAUGAAAAGCAAGUGAAUAUCCACACUAUAACAAUGUCGGUUUUUCUUACUGUGAAUCCGGCUUUUCCAAACAUCGUCACUUGAAAAAUAAUGAUUAAAUCAAGACCUUUCCUUGGAAAGAGAAGUCACAACAGCUGACAAUAUCAUAAAAGGUAUAUUGUAUGCGAUUAGUCGAUGACAUAUAAUAUGGUAAAUGGUUUGCAUUUGGAAAAGGUUAUCACAGACCAACUUCACUGAUUUUUAUUUAUUAGCUUAAACCCUCCUUGAUUUUCUUUAUUUGUAUUUGGUAUCUUACAAACACACAGCUUUCGAAUAUCUGUAUUUGCCUAUCUUAAACUAUGAAGCACUUCAACUCCAGAAUGAAUAUUCCAGGGCGUUAAGAUCAGCCAUUGAAAUACUUAUCGUCAUUGUUAUAUUUUUCCUUUAACGACGGAUGAAACAGGUGCCUAAGUCUUUCCUAGAUAUAACAUAAUAUUCUUUAUGUGCACAUUUCCUCCUCGUCCACACGUAUCUGGAUAUUUUUUAAUGAGGAGAUUUGUUUUUCAUUCGUUUUUUGAAAUUAAAAAAAAAACAAACAAAUAAAGAAAAAAAAACUAGUAAACACGUAGCGAGUUUCUCCCAUCUACACUAAAAUGUUGAAUGUAGAGCAUGGGCCGUAUGAUGUAGGACAUCAUCGUACAUUAUUCAAAUUUCAUUCGUAUUUCGUCACUCGACACGAAAACGAUAAGCCGGCGUUUUCAAACUGUCCCCACCGGGUAGUGUUUUGCGAAAACCUCUGGUUUUUUUGCCCGAAAUAUCCGUUUUAGUUUACUUGUGGACGGAAGACAGAGACGGAGGCAAAACUCCGUUACAAAAAUACCUGGAUAUGCGUCGACGGGGACUUAGCCUCAUAUUCAGGAGAAGUCAAAUUGCAAUGCCCUUUGUCUUUGGCACGAGCUAGCUACACGUGCCUCCGGACACACGUGCCGUUCAAUGACUCGACAAGUUGGACUGAUCAGUGCUUUGGCAAAACGGAAGGUACAACCGCGCUAUAAAAAAACCUUUGUACUGAGGUGUUCUUUUUUAAAUAAUGCGCUGAUUGUACAAAUGGCCGGAAGAAAUUGCUAAAUCGAACCGGUGUUGCUCGUGACAAGAAAGUUAGACGAUGGAUAAGAGUCUAUAAGAGUCUUGAUUUUUCCAUUGAUACUGAGGCACUUCCUAAGCGAAUACGAAAAUCCCGGAGGAAAGGGGGGGGGGGGACUCGACCAAUAUUUGGGUAUAGGUGAGCCCAGGAGUGAGCCUGACCCUGUUUAGGACAAAAAAAAUCAUAAAAUACAUACCCUGUUUAAGACAACACCCUCAAUUUUAUUAUCCUGUUUAGGACAAAGGACAAUACCACGCCGUCUUGUUUUAAAGCCAUUUAUUAACAAUUGCAAAAGAGCAAAUUCACGUUAUAGUAAUUGCUUUUGUAUACAAAAUUCAUCUCGGAAAUCAAAUAUACCCUGUUUAGGGACAGAGAGGUCAAAACCCAUACCCUUUCAUAUAAGGGAUUACCCCCCGGAUCUCAAUGGAUGAAAAAAGUCAGAGAGAGCAAGAGAAAAUUAAAAAUGCAUUGUAAAAGCGUUGCAUAGUGGUAUCCUUUGGAAAAAAAAAUCAGUAUGUUAAGACCUAGGGAAAUUAAUUGAAUGCUUUAAUUAAUGGAUAGAGAUAUUUAUUCUUCGGAUGGCGCGCUUUUGAACGACCAGCUCCAGGUAAACCAUGCAGAUCCGUUUUCAUGAACUGUAAGAAACAGGUACACCGUGUUUACAAUAACAUCGACGUACCAAUUUUUUUAAAAAAACAAAUAAAAUCAUAAUGAAGAAACUAGUGGGGAAUGGGAUAAGGAGGAGCAGGCACCAGAUUUUGUUACGUUGUUCUUUUUUACCUUUUCUGACUUUCGUCGCUGUGUGCUGUAGCGAAAAAUACAAUGCAAAUUAUAUGUUAAUUAACCUUCGAUCAAUUUUAUUAAAAAACAAACAAACAAAUGACAAAAAUAAAACUCGGUUAUAGGUUUCGUCCAGAUCGUUAUUAAAUUUAUCCGAAACUUAACCAAAAUUGAUGGAAAAGUUAAACUGUUGUUCCUCUCAAGGGUACUAAGCAAAGAGGCUGUUGGUUUUUAAAUAAGGGAUUUUGUCAUUUGCCCGGCCAGGCCGUAAACAUUAAAUUAGUAACCUGCUUCUCAAGUUUUUUACAAACGAAUUUUGUUGAACAUUUAAUCAGCGUUUGGUGUGUUUUACAAAUGUAGAGAUCGUAGAAUUUUUCUAUCGUUUAUAUUUAUAGUUCUAUCAAGAACUUUCUUUCGCACACGCGAUCGGUAAUUUUUAUAAUAAUUCACGAGUCACGUUUCCUGUUUAUAUGAACGUUUUGUUUUAUUAUACACUAUUUUUAUCAUGAUCGAUGCCUACUGGAAAUUAAUACUUAAAACUAAUAAAGAAUAGAAACGAACCCCCCCUAAGGGGAACUCAACUAGGAAAUUAAGUCAUGAAAACGAACGAUCAAUACAACAACACAAUAAUUUGUUGUCGGAUAUGUCACUGCGGGGUCGGAGCGGCCUUUUACCCAAAUGGCUCAAUUCAAUGUUGAAUAACACGUAUCUCAAUUCAGUUGACAAAUUAUUACUUGCUGGGGAGAGUUUCAAGGAUUUUCUCCGAAACGAUUAUUGUUUGCCAUACUUUCUUCUCUAUAGGCGUAAGGUUGCCCUGUUUGCGAGAAAUUGACAUGGUUUUAAUUUGCGAUGGAACUGUACGGAAGUGUGGGGAAUCUGUGAGGUCAGCUAAAACGGCUGCCAUCUUGACCUUAUCUUGCAUUUAACUGAAAAUUCAUAUUCAGAAAAAACUCAAGUUUUGUUUAAUUCAUGGUAAAUGACUGCUUUUUAUGCUGUAAUUUAUUGAUGACAACCCUAUGCUGCACCUUCUUGAGUUAAGAAAAUUAAGAAGAGUUCUUCAAUAUCAUAUAAAUGUUAAGGGAUAUGGCAGUGCUCGGGAUCUGAAACGUCAAUCAAAACGGCCGCCAGCUUGGCGUCAACUUACAUUCAGCUGAAAAUUCAAGUCUAAACAAAUGGUAGAAAACUAAAAUAAAGAAACAGGUUGUUCCUUUCUGUGACAUUAUAUUUUAUAAUUACGUUUUGGUUGACGUCAUAGAUCCCUCACACUGCCAUGCUUCGUAAUAUUUAUGUAAUCUUGGUGGACACUUUUUUAAUAUUAUUUCCAAAUAUCAUGCCGCAACAAAAACUUUACCUUAGAGGGAGGUGGAGGAGGUCGUAAAAUUUUUUCUGUUUCUCACGCAGACCACCUCAGAUGAACCAAUACGAUGGAAAGGCAGCCGAAGUCUGAAAAUGGAACGAAAGAAAAUUUCAACUCAACGAUCUUCGACGGUGAAGCGACAAAAGAAACUCAUUGGGCUGCCAUGCCAGUUUUCAUCGCCGUGUUUCUCAUUGUCCUCGUUUUGAUGACAACAACUGGCAACCUUGUGGUCUGUCGUCUUUUCUGGGUUUGUCGACGCAUGCGUAUACCGUCCUUCUAUUUUGUUGUCAGCAUGUCGUUUUCUGAUUUCCUUAUGGGAGUAUUGGUCAUCCCAAUGGGCCUAGCAUAUCACAUGACCUUCCAAACAACAGGUAACAAAUAUGAUCGCCUCUAAAAGCUUGGCCGUCGUGAGGGACAGGGAUUCCCAACCAAAAUGUUUUUAUUCGAUUUUCUUUCCUUCUCUUAAGAAAUAUUUUUGUAUUCCUUGGAAACUCUCUCCUCCACAGAGGCCUGUUUGUUUGGUAGGGAGGCUGGGGAGAAAGAAAAAGAAAGCGCGCUAGAGGCGAUGGGAAGAGCAAAGAAAGGGACGGGGCUUUUUCCCUCUUCCCAUCGCCCCUCGCGCGCCUUCUGCUUUUCGAUCAUUGCUAUUUUUAUUGGGAUACCCAACGGGAGCCUCUGCGAAGGAGAGAGCUUACAAACGAUCAAGAAAAACUUGUUUACACGAUGGUUCCACGGUUACGACUCUUGUCGCAAUAUGCAAUACACGUUUCUGCCAUUUUCAUCCUUUUUUCUUCACAAAACAUGCAAAAUGCAGCAAAAUACAUAAUUAUAUUUCGUGGUUACGGUGGCUGAACAUAGUUUUUCUAGAAUUGCUUUUAAUAUCCCCCUAUCCCGAGGAGAUAUGCGGCCAAUAAGCUUUUUAAGAUAAUACAGGUGGUACUGAGAAAUAGAAAAAUGCCCAGAAGUUGUCAGUAAAUUGCAUUCUGUUUUGGUCGCCUCUUACAUAUCAGGUGAUUUUAUCGCGCACAUAGGUGCUGAGCAUGCGUACUAAGGGAGCAACCUGGAUUGUUGACUUUCUUAGGCCAUAUAAACAAACGGCAGUAUCUUAAAAUCUACUCAUUAAAAUUUGACGAAAUUUGGCAAAAGUCCUGUUCAUAUCCUUCUUCAGUCAAUGAAGAACUAAUUUUGAACAAAGAAGUUUUCUGAUACAAACAAGUUUCUCAUGAAAGCUAUUUUAUUAAAAAAGUUCAAAAACUGAUUGUUACAAUUUGGUAAAUUUGUUUUUAAAACGUGUUGGGUUCUUAUUGUUAGAUGUGUGCCAAUUCAUAAGAAAAUCUAAUGACCGGACUUUUGGGUAAAACUAACGACUGAUUUAUUUGAGGCCAAUAUUUCAGCUAACAAAAUUAGCCUUCCACAGUGCCAGAGUUACACUGAAAAAGAAUACUAUAACGGCACCAAAAAUUUGAAUUUAAAUUUACGUGAAAGGUUAAUGAUAAACUAAAAAUGAGAACAAUAGAUAGCUUGAUGGAUAGGUAAAAAAAUAUACAAUGAAGUGAUUGAUAGGUUCAGCCCUUUAUCGUAUUGCCAGCCUUGCAUUCAGUUUUGCUUUAAUUCCCACUUCAAGUGACUUCUACCAUUAGAGAUCCGGCAAGAAAGAACCAGUCGGUUAUAUUUACGCAUGGAGUGGGCCUCUGCAUUCAAGGGUUUUUAUACACAUUUUUGAUGGCUACCAUUUUGGCUGCGUCAAUGGCGGGGGUUCGAGUUAAAUUUUACUUCCGUGGUUCAAACCUUUUAGAAAGGGUUUCAGGACUCACAGCCCGGUGUACAUUUAACAAUAAAUCUGAUUAGACUAUCGUAAAAAUAAUAAGCUUGACCAAUUCUUUUUUUAACUAUUUUUGUAGGUCGAUGGAUUUUUGGCAGUUUCUUCUGUAACCUCUGGUUGUUCCUAAACUUUCUUUUGUGCAGCGCCUCCAUUUUUAACCUGUGCGUGGUCAGCGGUGACCGUUAUAUUGCUGUGACGUCACCACUGAAGUACAUGUCACGCAUGAACGAGCGCAGAGUUAAGCAAAUCAUUGGGAUCGCUUGGUGCGCGGCAUUGAUUUUGGCCAGCUUUAUAAUUUAUGGUACGAACGCUUCCAAAAACAACAGCAAAAAUUGUUCGAUUUGGGGUUUACAUUACGAGUACUCUAUCGCUCUGCUCGUAGCAGGAUAUGCCCUGCCAGUGUCUUUCCUUGUUUUUGCGAAUGGCAAAGUCUUGUUCAUUGCUCGUACUCAUCUCAACAAAAUUCAUGCUCAAGAGUUUUCGCUUAGUACACUGUCAGAAGGCCCUGUUGCAAGUUGUGGACCAGCAACGAGAAGCAAACAAAUGCCCUCAAAGACAAGAAUAAGACGGGAGAUAAGGAUCUUUAAAACGUUUCUUAUUGUGACAUGCGCAUUCCUCAUUUCUUGGACUCCUUUUGUCGUCAUCCUUUUAAUCGACUCUAUGUUCAACGUACCCGAACUUAUCAGGCAUUCAUCGAUCAUUCUGUUGUAUUGUAAUAGUGCCCUAAAUCCUUUCAUAUAUGGAUUCUAUAACGCAGAAUUCAGGAAAGCACUGUCUGAAAGUUUAGGUUGUAAAUGA